UCACAGCACUGCAGUUGCAGCUUUGCCUGCUCCACUGAGGCAGACUUCGCCUCAGUAGAAGGCCUGAGUUUUAACAAAUCAGUAUCCUAAGCCUUGGCCAAGGAACGGGACGCCAGUAGGACAUUUGCCUGCCUGUUGCCUCGUGGACUGCAAGCACGCACCAGGGAAGGAGGGACUCAUUGCCACUUUCUGGAGACGGUCAUUUCUGGAGCAAUUUCACAUCGCAAACAGAAACUGUCCCCUCUUCUCUGCUCCCCUGCCUCAAAUGUUGUUAUUUGGGUGGCCAGACUGGAAAGAAGCACCCAGUGAAAACACUUUGGGAACUUUCUUUGCUCCGUUUUCACUCAGAAGUCGCUCUUGCCACACACCGGAUGCCAGCCAUGUUGCUGGAGUUAGUCACCUCCACGUUUUUGUGGUAUUCCCCUCCUUCCCUGGCCAAUGGCUGGAAAGAGCAUGCUAUUUAGGGAAAGUCCGGAGGAUUUUAGCUCCCUGCAGGAAAAGCCCGACCCCUACGAGAUUUCCUUCAGCUUCAGAGAAGAGUUUCUCCCCCACCCCGCCCUUUCCCCCCGCCCCCCACAGUGGUACAGCCCGAGCGCGGGCAGAGCGGGCGGGGCUCCGCCGGGCGGUACCACCCGGAAAGCCUGCGGGGGGUGGUUGUGGUGCCGGAAGCACCGCCUGUUCUCCCCGGCAGGACCCACACGCCUCUUCCCCUCAUGGCUUUCAACUUCGGGGCGGCGGCGGGCACCGGGGCCGCCAACCCCACGGGUGAGUGAGGGAAGGCGGCCGGCCGCUCCUUUCCCAUCUCCCUUCUCCCUUCCCGGCCCUCGCUAACCUACCCCCAACACGCGCAGCCCGCCAACGGCCGCCAACGAUCGCGCCCCUCCGUGAGGCGGCCGCUGAGGGGCCGCCGGGAGCCGCCCUCGGAGCGGCCCCGGGUUAAAAAUCCUGAGGGGAGAAAAAUUAUCCAUGGCCUCCCCGCCUCGCUGUCGGCCUGUGGGGGAAUGAAGCGUGCUUAGUGGGUCCUGUUCCUGCAGGCUGGCAGGGUCUGGGCUUCUUCCCGGCGGUCAGCACGGGUUUGGGCGCCCGCCGGGCUGCAGGAACGGACCUCGUGUUUCGUAAGAACAUCUUAACGGGAAAAAUCGCCUCGUGCUGUUUCAUAAGCACACCUUGAGGUUUUAUCUUGAGGGGAAAAAUCGCCUCACGCUGCUUGGGCUCAGGCCUGGCAUGCCCCCCGAGCACUGCUAGCUGGGGAUCCCAGCUCCUAGGCGAUCAGAGCCGCUCUACCAUCCUCUUUUUCCUAACACUAAAAACCUUCAUCAGGAAAGACACCAGCGAGCAUAGAGCAUGUUUGCAAAUACAAGGUGAAAAAACCCGCAGUACUUAUUGUUGGGCUUGCUACUGCAGUGGAAAGAUCAGUAGCAGCGCGUGGUGCUCCUCAGCCACGCUUGCACAGAUGCAGCUCUAUCUAGCAGUUUUGGGUAAAAUUGCUCAUAAUGGGAAUCUCAAAUUGCUUGGAUAUUUUUGCAUAUAGGUCUUCAGUAAGUGGGGAAAAGUGUAAGGUGCUUGCUAUGCAGAAUAGCUGAAAAGUAAUCCCAUUGCAGUAGUGAUAGAGUGGGUUAAACAGAAUGCUUUCAACUGUUCUGUUUGUGUUCGGUAAACAAUGCUUAAUGCCAGUUAAUAUCUUCCUCUUGUUCUAACUAUGCCUGUCUUGUCUCUGGGGAUGGAAAAAUAUUUCAGCUUUUACUUCCUGAACCUACCUUUUACUUAGAACUAAUGGUACCUUGCUCUUUUUCUGCUUCACGCUUGCCAGGAUUUGGUGGGCUUGAAACUACAAACUCCACUGCCAGUGGGUUUAAUUUUGGGGGUUUCGGAUUAACUGCUAAUCCUGCAGUGAAUUUUAAUAUUGGGAAUUUUGGUGUUUCCACUACCUCAACUCCACCAUUCAAUUUUGGUAACAGUCUGGCAAGUGCAGGUGCGUUUGGAGGAUUUGGGACAACCACGACCACUGCGGCGCCAGCGUUUAGUUUUUCUGCUCCCACCAAUACAGGCACAGGCGGACUCUUUGGUGCUACCCAGAACAAAGGCUUUGGAUUUGGUACUAGUUUUGGCACGGGAACCGGAACUGGCUUGGGUACUGGGUUGGGAACUGGGUUAGGCUUUGGAGGCUUCGGUACCCAGCAGCAACAGACCACACUAGGAAGCGGCUUGUUCAGCCAGCCUACUCAGACACCUGCCCAAUCGAACCAGCUCAUCAAUACAGCCAGUGCCCUCUCGGCACCAACGCUCUUAGGAGAUGAGAGAGAUGCCAUUUUGGCAAAAUGGAACCAGCUGCAGGCCUUCUGGGGAACAGGCAAAGGGUACUUCAACAAUAACAUUGCUCCAGUGGAGUUCACCCAGGAAAACCCAUUUUGCAGAUUUAAGGCCGUGGGUUACAGUUUAAUGCCCAACAACAAAGACGAAGAUGGCCUUGUUGUCUUGGUCUUUAAUAGAAAAGAAAUAGAUAUUCGAAGCCAGCAGCAGCAGCUCGUAGAAUCGCUACACAAAAUUCUGGGAGGAAACCAGACCCUCACUGUCAACAUAGAAGGUGUUAAAACGAUGCCAGAUGACCAGACAGAAGUGAUCAUUUACGUUGUUGAGCGUUCACCCAACGGCACCUCGAGGAGAGUUCCAGCAACGACCCUGUAUGCCCACUUUGAACAAGCCAACAUAAAAUCGUCCCUGCAGCAGCUGGGAGUCAGUCUCUCCAUGGCCAGAACGGAGCUCUCCCCGGCCCAAGUCAAACAGCUCCUUCAGAAUCCUCCAGCUGGUGUUGAUCCUAUUAUAUGGGAACAAGCCAAAGUUGAUAAUCCAGAUCCUGAUAAGCUUAUUCCUGUACCAAUGGUGGGUUUCAAAGAACUGUUGAGAAGAUUGAAGGUCCAAGAUCAGAUGACCAAACAGCAUCAAACUCGAUUAGAUAUAAUAUCAGAAGAUAUCAGUGAGCUACAGAAAAACCAGACAACCACUAUGGCAAAAAUUGCACAGUACAAAAGGAAACUGAUGGCGCUUUCUCACAGAACAUUACAGGUGUUAAUAAAGCAGGAGAUCCAAAGGAAAAGUGGUUAUGCCAUUCAAGCAGAUGAAGAGCAGCUUCGUGUACAAUUAGAUACUAUUCAGUGUGAACUUAACGCACCUACACAGUUCAAGGGCAGACUGAAUGAGCUUAUGUCCCAAAUCAGGAUGCAAAACCACUUCGGAGCAGUGAGGGCUGAAGAGCGCUAUUACAUAGAUGCAGACCUCUUAAGGGAAAUCAAGCAACAUCUGAAGCAGCAGCAGGAAGGCCUUAGUCACUUAAUUAGCAUUAUAAAGGAUGACUUGGAGGACAUCAAACUAAUAGAACAUGGGCUGAAUGAGAGCAUUCCCAUCAGAGGAGGAGUCUUCAGUUGACAGGUCACUUGCUGCUGGGCUCGCACGGAACAUAUUAUUCAAGUUCAUGGUUCACCUUCCAAGGCUAAAACUGGUGAGGUAAAAUGAAAUGUGUAUCUUCUAGGAGUAAUGGUAUGUUGUCUGUUAUCUUUAGAAUUAGCAAAGCCUCUUGUAAGCUUUUGAACUUGACCUUUGGAAGGUUUAUAUUUUAUAAAGCUGUAUAUGCUUUAAUAAAAGAAGGAAAACUGAAUCUGUUCAGAUACUGGUUUACUAUAAAACUAUAUGUACUAUUGUACAUUUUUCCUUUUUUUUUUUUUUUUACAAUAUUAUUGUCUUAGAAAAUACAGUGGUGAGGGCGUUGUUCUACUUGUGACUUGGUUUGUGGAAAGCUUAGCCUGCUUCCAUGGUUUUGUCAAAACAAGUAACAGCAUUAUGUAAAGAGCUAAUCUAAAUCAUUACAGAUAUGUAUGUUGCUGUAACUAUGUCGGUCUUCACAAUACUGGUAGUUUUCUGGGGCAAUCUGCAGGAAUUUGACUUUUCCAGUGUCUGUCUUUCCUUUGGACUGUUUACAUACGUGAAUUCUAAGAAGCUUUUCUGUCCCUCAACUAACAACAAGAUGGGUAGAUGAUGUCUUCCUUUUUUUUUUUUAAUUUCUGGAGAGUAAUAAAUUCAGUCUGACUUUAUA